UUGAUCGUAGAAAUGUUUUGUUAAUUUUUGUUUGUAUCGGAGCAGGUCAAACGACGAUGAGACGUCUAAUGGCCUGGACAUUUAUUUAAUAUGUGAGAAUCUUAAAAAUUACAUUGCAUAAAUGCUUUCAAGACUUUUAAAAUCAGUUUUGUAGUACUGUAAUUUAGUGGAAUAGGACUUCGAUUUCUGCGCAUCCUUUUCCUGAAAAAGAUGAUAGCGAUGCUGGGAUCCUGAAAGCCUCCAUAGGUAAUGGGGAGUUGCUGGUGCAAAGAUAAGACAGACGAGAGGGAGAUGUACUCUCCGACGGCAGGCCCGGCCUCGGCCUCUAUGUCGCUCUCGCCCGGAGAUGCACGACUCCGUGCCAUGAAGGCCCUUGAUCCAUCGAUCGUCGACCAACUAGUGAUGGAGAUGCUCACCCUUAUAGCUUCCUUCGUUGACAACGAUGAAGAGUCACCGGUUCUGCUCGUCAAACUACACGUGAUCGCUGACAAAGAAGAGGGAUGGCUGCAAGUCGUCUCGUCAAUGGUCAACGUGAUACCACUCGACAAUCCGCUGGGACCGUCGGCGAUCACCAUAGUCUUUGAUGAUUGCCCGCUACCCUCCAGAGACUCUGUCAUAAAGCUAACGAAACUGUUCCGGCUUUCGAGGCAACGUGCACUCUCGAACGCCCUCGACGUGAAGAUGAAACGCAAUAUGUGCGUUGUCCUCGGGUGUAUUGCCGAGAAACUGGCGGGCCCGAACAGCGUCGCUGUACUCACUGAAGAGACGCUCGACUUUCUCCUUGCAUUUCUGGACACCAACUUCGAGCCGUGCAUAGUGCUCUUCGCACUAAUCGCCCUUGAGAAGUUUGCUCACACCACCGAAAACAAGCUGGUGAUAAGAAGCCGCUUCGACAAAGAAGACGUGAAUCCACUUCUGAAACUCGAGAAACUUGCCAAUAAUGAAGAUUAUGUCUGGAGGCAGGUUGGCUUUUGUGCUCAGUGGGCCCUCGACAACUUGUUUGUAAUCGAGAACAGGCCUCUGUCGUACGAGACCGUCAACAUGACUCCUAUAAACGUGAUCCUGAAUUCGCAUGACGUCAGCGAAUACCUGAAGAUAUCUUGCAACGGCCUAGAGGCGCGCUGCGAUUCGUACUCGUUUGAAAGCGUACGCUGCACUUUCCAGGUGGACAAUGGCUGUUGGUACUACGAGGUAACGAUUGUCACGCCUGGCGUCAUGCAGAUCGGGUGGGCCACCAAGAACAGCCAUUUUCUGAACCAUGAGGGCUACGGUAUCGGCGACGAUUUGUAUUCGCUCUCGUACGACGGGUGCAGGAAGUUGAUUUGGUACAAGGCCAAGCCCGCUUCGGUCCAAGAUCUACCGGAGUGGCAGCCCGGAGACAUACUCGGCUGUCUCAUCGAUCUGAACACGCGCGAGGCAAUAUUCUCCCUCAACGGGCGCUGUCUUACACCGUGCACCGAAAUCUUCGAGACAACCAGGUGCUGCAAACAAGGUUUCUUCGCUGCGGCUAGCUUCAUGGCGUUCCAGCAGUGCCGAUUCAAUUUCGGUCAUUUGCCGUUUUCGUUUCCUCCAACUGACAGGCCCUUCAUGGCCUUCAACGAUUACGCGCGUCUCACCGACGAAGAGAAAAAGGUGCUACCUCGCCGCUACUACCUGGAGAAGGUGAGGAAUGCUAGCAUCCCCGAAAACGCCUGCACUCUUUGCUACGAUGCCGUCGCGGACUGCACCUUGGAGCCAUGCUUCCACAAGGGAUUCUGCUCGAAAUGCGCUGCUCAGCUCCGCGAGUGCCCGUUAUGCCGCGCUCCGAUACUGAACGUGAAGCGCGACAUAUGACAUGAGACGUCGCUGGACGGCAGCGACACGUCAUCAGGCAACGGAAGCCCCCGACGACUGACCCUCGACUACGACCAGUACUUCUACGACGAGGACGAUGACGACAUGCAAGGAUUCCGCGUCCACCCACCGGCCGACGCUAGCACCAGACCCAACUAUCAUUAAUAAUAAUAAUGAAUGAAUGAAUGAUGAAUGAUUUAUUUUAUUUCAGACAACAAGUCCAUGGUACCAUGGUUCACUUGCGGACUA